GUACUGGAGCUGAUAAUGACCUUCAUAUAAAACAAGCCAUAGUAUUUAUUGAAGAUGCAAUACAGUAUAGAUCUAUAAAUCACCGUGUCGACUCCAAAUCCCUGUGGCUUUAUCGAUGGUACUACUCCAGAACUUGCCAGUGGAUUUUGAGUUUAACCAUUACUAUAAUCCUGGCUUUGGCUUUCAUUGAAAAGCCUUCUUCGCUCACUAUCACCUCAGAUGUACGAUACCGCCUUCCAGCAUGGAAUCCUCCAUGUGGCCUAACAGAAAGCAUUGAGCUGCUUUGCUUUCUUGUGUUCAUGGUUGAUGUAUCCGUGAAGAGUUACUUAAUUGGAUGGGAAGAAUUUUGGAAAAAUAAAUGGCUAAUGGCUUAUAUACUGACAUUAGUUGUUUCCCUUACGGAUUGGAUUGUAUCGCUGAGUUUUUUCUGCGCAGAGGACUUGAGAAUAAGAAGAAUACUUCGUCCUUUUUUUCUCCUUCAGAAUUCUUCUAUGAUGAAGAAAACAUUAAAAAGUAUCAACAGCACGUUGCCUGAAAUGGCGAGUGUUGUUCUACUACUAGCUGUUCAUCUGUCUCUCUUUACUAUGUUUGCCAUGCUGCUGUUUGCUCGAACAAAGGAUGGCCAGCAGGAUAAGGAAUGGGUGGUGUAUUUCCGGAAUUUGCCAGAUUCGCUGACAUCUCUGCUGGUCCUGCUAACUACUGCAAAUAAUCCUGAUGUGAUGAUUCCUGCAUAUUCUAAGAAUCGAGCAUAUUCAGUCUUCUUCAUACUCUUCACUGUAUUAGGCAACUUGUUUCUGAUGAACUUGCUUACAGCAAUAAUAUACAAUCAGUUUCGAGGAUACCUGCUG